CCCGACUCAACUGCACUCGAGACGGAACAAUCUCGGUCAGUGAAUGCCUCGUGUGCCUCGUGUGCCUAGUGUGCGCGGUUGCCGCCUUCCUCACAACACCUUCACCCCUUGCCGUCUGAGUCUUUGUAGCCCUUGGCCCUCCAAAACCCUCGCCCAUCAGUUUUUAUCUUCAGCCCCAGACCUCCCGCGACCCGAGUAUUUUCGCCUCGGACCUCGCCCUCGCCCAGCAUUAUACUGCUUGCCGCCUCUUUUUGUGACGUGCCGGAGACCUCCAGCCCCUUUACUACACCCCACCUCCGCAGGCACAGCCAGCCAGGCCAUGGAGCAGCCGGUGCAGGACAAGGCUGCGGCCCUCUCGUCCGCCCCUGCACCUACGGCUACCCCCUUUGCCGAGCAGAACCCGGAGGACGUUGCCCGCCUGUGUCGCUCUCUAGAGGAUGCCGCCAAGGACAAGAAGAAGGCUGGCUUCACCGCCAAGAAGAACAAAUAUGCCGUCGCCGGCUCACGCGACGGCCUGACCGUCGACUCGUGGAAGUUCCAGGAUUACGAGUACAAGAAGCGCGGCCUGCCCACCUACGCCCGCGGCCUGUUCACCACCAGGACGCGCAACAACGUCCCAGAGAUCGCUAUACGCGGUUAUGACAAGUUCUUCAACGUCGGCGAGGUCCACGAGACCCGCUGGGAUGCCAUUGAGGCCCAGACCACCGGGCCCUACGAGCUCACCCUCAAGGAGAAUGGCUGCAUCAUAUUCAUGAGUGGCCUGGAAGACGGUACCCUCCUGGUCUGCAGUAAACACUCCACGGGCGAGCGCAGCGACGUGAACCUCAGCCAUGCCGCGGCUGGUGAGCGCUGGGUAGAGCGCCAGCUCCAAGCCCUGGGCAGGACCAAGGAAGACCUUGCCCGCGAGCUGAGGAGCCGCAACAUCACUGCAGUCGCCGAGCUGUGCGACGACGGUUUUGAGGAGCACAUUCUCGCUUACGGCCCCGACAAGGCCGGCCUCUACCUGCACGGCAUCAAUGUCAACCUCCCGGAGUUCAUGACCUACCCCGCCGCCUCGGUCCAUCACUUUGCUGACACCUGGGGUUUUCGCAAGGUCGGUGUUCUCAGGAUGGACACCAUCGCCGAGGUCAGGAGGUUUCUGGAGGAGUGCGCAGAAACCGGUGCGCACGAGGGCCGUGACGUCGAGGGCUUUGUCGUCCGCUGCAAGCGCUCCUGGGAUCCGUCCAAGGUCCAGCCCUUCGACUGGUUCUUCAAGUACAAGUUCGAGGAGCCUUACUUGUUGUACCGCCAGUGGAGGGAGAGUACCAAGGCCCUGAUCGCAGGCAAACCGCCCAGGGUCACGAAGCAUCGCGCAAUCACCGAGGAGUAUCUCAUGUUUGCAAAGAAGAGGCUUGCCGCCGACCCGAACCUUAGCAAGCUCUACACCCAGAAUCAUGGCAUCAUCGCCCUCCGUAACGACUUCCUGGCCUUCAAGAAAAUCGAUGGUGCUGAUGCGGCCAAGUUCGAGGAGCUAUUCGGAGACGGCGGGCACGCCGAGGUCGAGCGGGACGUCAUCCUCGUCCCCAUCGCAACCAUCGGCUGCGGCAAGACAACCAUUGCUGUCGGGCUCUCCAAGCUCUUUGGUUUCGGACACGUCCAAAACGAUAACAUCACCGGCGCAAAGCGGCCCCCGCGCUUUACCAAGAUGGUACUUGAGCAGCUGGAGAGCCACCCUGCCGUCACUGCCGACCGCAACAAUGCCCAGAAACACGAGAGAAAGCAGAUCCUCACAGAUGUCAAGAUACAGCACGCAGAUUCCCGCCUCGUGGCCUUGAAUUUCGUGCAUAACAACUUGGACAGGGUGCGCGAGAUCACGCAGGGCCGCGUCUUUGCUCGCGGCGACAAUCACCAGACCAUCCAGGCUGCCACCGACCCCCACAAGGUCAGGGGCAUCAUGGAAGGGUUCCUGAACAGGUUCGAGCCUCUGGACAGCGAUAGAGCACCAGACGAUGGCUUUGACGCCGUUAUCAACCUCGAUCCUCUCGCGUCCAGCCGAGAGAACCUGGAGAAGGUGGUGAACGAGCUCCAGCGCCUUUACCCCAAGUUGGUACCGAAUACUCCCAAGGCUGAGGAGAUGGACCGUGUCAUUCAAGAAGCCAUGGACGAGUACCGUCCUGACCUGCGACACACGAUACCGGAUCGGAAAAAGCCCGGCAAAGAAAACCAGAAUGGCGGACAGGCCCAGGCCCAGAAGAAAAUUAAGAAGAAGCCCCUUGAGUACAUGUCGGUUGAUGUGCCAGCCGCGGAAAUCAACCCCAUCCUCGAGAAGACAUUCAGGGAAGCCGGCCCCGAAAAGUCCCGCUUCUACAAGCUUCUGGGAGGCACCCGUCGUAUCCAGCCUAAGUUUCACGUCACACUAAUGCACCGUGCCAGCUCGAAAGACCAUCCUGAGCUGUGGGACCGGUACUCGAAACUACAGGCCGAGGCUGAAGCCAGCUCCGGCGUCCCCGACAGCCCGUUGGCGGAGGUUGAGGUCGUCUUGGAACGUGUUGUCUAUGAUGGGCGUGUCAUGGCCAUCGUGGUCAGGCUGAACGACCCCGAGGACAAGUGGCACUGUGUCAACAAGGUUGCGCACCUGACCGUCGGUACACGGGACAACAACAUCAAGCCAAAGGAGAGCAAUGACCUGCUGGCACGGUGGAUAUCCCGAGGAGCCGGUGAGCACCCAGAGAUUGAGGAUAUUGGAUUUGAGGGCCGACCGAGUGUCAAAGGUACCGUGAAGGCGGUCAUGGCUAGAUAGGGUGGGGGGAAAUGGGGCAUGCAUAGGCAGGCC